ACGAGCUUCGUAGCGCCGCCCAGAAAUGGCGCUUUCUGCACCUUCACUGAUAUUUUCACCCGCCUCCGCCUCUUCCGAUCCGCCUUACAGGCUCCUCCAAGACCACCCAUCUCUCAGGCUCCUCUCCAAAUGCCAAAACAUUCCAACUCUGAAACAAAUCCACGCUCAGAUCAUCAAGACCGGUCUCCACAACACCCAGUUCGCCCUCAGCAAGCUCAUCGAGUUCUCCGCCGUUUCACGCUCCGGCGACAUCUCCUAUGCCGUCUCCCUCUUUAAUUCCAUUGCAGACCCCAAUUUGUUCAUUUGGAAUUCCAUGAUUCGAGGGCUUUCGAUGAGUCUGUCGCCGAUUCUGGCCUUGGUUUUCUUUGUCAGGAUGAUUUGUUCUGGGAGCGGUGAAAUGAAUAGUGCGCAAUUGGUGUUUGAUAAAAGUAACUUCAGGGAUGCGAUUUCUUUCACUGCUCUAAUAUCUGGUUAUGCUUUGUGGGGUUAUAUGGAUCGCGCUCGGCAAAUGUUUGAUGAAAUGCCUGUGAGAGAUGUGGUGUCUUGGAAUGCAAUGAUUGCUGGCUACGCACAAACUGGUCGAUCGAAAGAGGCGUUGUUGUUGUUUGAGGAAAUGAGGGAAGCAAAUGUCGCCCCGAAUGAGAGUACUAUUGUCUCGGUCCUUUCUGCUUGCGCUCAGUCCAAUGCUCUAGAUUUAGGAAACUUGAUGCGCUCUUGGAUUGAAGAUCGCGGGCUUCGUUCAAAUCUCAAGCUUGUUAAUGCACUUAUUGACAUGUACUCGAAGUGCGGUGAUCUUCUGACUGCCCGUGAAUUUUUUGAUGAAAUGCCUGAAAGGGAUGUGAUCUCAUGGAAUGUUAUGAUCGGUGGUUACACUCAUAUAUGCAACUAUAAAGAAGCCUUGGCGCUCUUCCGCCAGAUGCUAGCCUCGGGCAUUGAGCCCACUGACAUAACCUUCCUUAACAUUCUUCCGUCCUGUGCUCAUUUAGGUGCCAUUGACCUUGGUAUGUGGAUACAUGCUUAUAUAAACAAAAACUUCAAUUCAGCCAGUACCUCUCUUUGGACGAGUCUGAUAGAUAUGUAUGCUAAAUGUGGUAAUAUAGACGCGGCGCGACAGGUUUUCGAUGGUAUGAAAACCAAAAGCUUGGCCUCUUGGAAUGCUAUGAUAUGUGGGUUAGCAAUGCAUGGACAAGCAGAGGACGCUCUAGAGCUUUUCUCAAAAAUGUACAGUGAUAGAAUUGAACCAAAUGAGAUAACCUUUGUCGGUGUCUUAUCUGCUUGCAAACAUGCUGGCUUGGUAGAUCUUGGACGCCAAUUUUUUAGCUCUAUGGUUCAGGAUUAUAAGAUUGCACCGAAAUUCCAACAUUAUGGAUGCAUGAUAGAUCUACUCGGGCGAGCUGGGUUGUUUGAGGAAGCAGAGUCCUUGAUACAGAAUAUGGAGAUGAAACCAGAUGGAGCUAUUUGGGGUUCCCUUCUUGGGGCCUGUAGAGACCAUGGACGAGUCGAGUUGGGAGAAUCAGUUGCCGAACGUUUAUUCGAAUUGGAGCCAGAUAACCCUGGAGCUUAUGUGCUUUUAUCUAACAUAUAUGCAGGAGCUGGUAAAUGGGAUGAUGUUGCAAGAAUAAGAACAAGGCUGAAUGACAGGGGAAUGAAGAAAGUCCCUGGUUGUACCACCAUUGAAGUCGACAACGUCGUUCACGAGUUUCUAGUCGGGGACAAGGUUCACCCACAAAGUGAAGAUAUUUACAAGAUGCUAGAAGAAGUAGAUAGACAACUAAAGGUGACUGGAUUUGUGCCAGAUACAUCCGAGGUACUCUAUGACAUGGAUGAAGAGUGGAAAGAAGGAGCUCUAAGUCACCAUAGUGAGAAAUUAGCAAUUGCUUAUGGAUUGAUUAGUACAAAACCAGGAACAACAAUUACAAUCAUUAAGAAUCUUCGCGUCUGCCGUAAUUGUCAUUCUGCCACAAAGCUAAUAUCCAAGAUAUUCAAUAGGGAGAUUAUUGCUAGAGAUAGAAAUCGUUUUCAUCACUUCAAAGAUGGUUCUUGCUCAUGUAACGACUAUUGGUGAAUAAUUCACAUAAGAAAGACAAUUAGCAAACACCAAGUACAUUUUCUUGGUAUUUGCCUGAGAUAGAUCUCUUUUGAUCUUGGAAUCAAUGCCAAUGUUUACUUAUUCUUACA